CCGCGGCCAAUCAGGAGCGCGCUGGCGUCUGUAACGUUCCCGGCUCCGCGUUUGAAUUCGGGAGGAGCGGAGCGGAGCGAUGUCAGGCUCUGCCCCAGCCCUGCAAGGUCCUCCGAGCUGCCCCGGGAACAUGAACGCGGCCGCAGCUCCAGGGAAGCUGGCGCGGGCACCGGUGGUGGAGUCCGGGAAGGUCGGGGCCUCCGGUGUGGCCAACCCGGGGGCCCCGCCAGCCAAGGAGAUCCCCGAGGUCCUCCUGGACCCUCGUAGCCGACGGCGCUACCUGCGGGGCCGCUUCCUGGGCAAGGGCGGCUUCGCCAAGUGCUUCGAGAUCUCGGACGCCGACACCAAGGAGGUGUUCGCGGGCAAGAUCGUGCCCAAGUCGCUGCUGCUCAAGGCGCACCAGAAGGAGAAGAUGUCCAUGGAGAUCUCCAUCCACCGCAGCCUGGCCCACCAGCAUGUCGUGGGCUUCCACGGCUUCUUCGAGGACAACGACUUCGUGUUCGUGGUGCUGGAGCUCUGCCGCCGCCGAUCUCUCCUAGAGCUGCACAAAAGGAGGAAAGCGCUGACGGAGCCCGAGGCCCGCUACUACUUGCGGCAGGUCAUCCUAGGCUGCCAGUACCUGCAUCGGAACCGAGUGAUUCACCGGGACCUCAAGCUGGGCAACCUCUUCCUGAACGAGGAUCUGGAGGUGAAAAUAGGUGAUUUUGGACUGGCCACCAAAGUAGAAUAUGAUGGGGAGAGAAAGAAGACCCUGUGUGGGACACCAAAUUACAUAGCUCCUGAGGUGCUGAGCAAGAAAGGUCACAGUUUCGAGGUGGAUGUGUGGUCUAUUGGCUGCAUCAUGUACACCUUGUUAGUAGGCAAGCCACCUUUUGAGACCUCCUGCCUCAAAGAGACAUAUCUCCGGAUCAAGAGGAAUGAAUACAGUAUCCCCAAGCACAUCAACCCUGUGGCUGCCUCCCUCAUCCAGAAGAUGCUUCAGACAGAUCCUACGGCUCGCCCGGUCAUUCACGAGCUACUCAAUGACGAGUUCUUUACUUCUGGAUACAUCCCUACCCGGCUGCCCAUCACCUGUCUCACCAUUCCUCCCAGGUUCUCCAUUGCUCCCAGCAGUCUGGACCCUAUUAGCCGGAAGCCACUCACAGUCCUCAACAAAGGCAUGGAGAACCCCCCGCCUGAGCGCUUCCGGGAGAAAGAGGAGUCUGCGGUCCGGGAGAGCAGUGAGGCAGUUGACUGCCACCUCAGUGAUCUGCUGCAGCAGCUGACCAGCGUCAAUGCAUCCAAGCCCUCAGGGCGGGGCAUGGUGAGGCAAGAGGAGGCUGAGGACCCAGCCUGCGUCCCCAUCUUCUGGGUCAGCAAGUGGGUGGACUACUCGGACAAGUAUGGCCUCGGGUAUCAGCUGUGUGACAACAGCGUGGGGGUGCUCUUCAACGACUCCACACGCCUCAUCCUCUAUAAUGACGGCGAUAGCCUGCAGUACAUCGAGCGUGAUGGCAGUGAAUCCUACCUCAGCGUCAGCUCCCACCCCAACUCCUUGAUGAAGAAGAUCACCCUCUUGAAGUAUUUCCGGAACUAUAUGAGCGAACACCUGCUGAAGGCCGGGGCCAACAUCACACCUCGAGAAGGCGAUGAGUUGGCCCGGCUCCCCUACCUGCGCACCUGGUUUCGCACCCGCAGCGCCAUCAUACUGCACCUCAGUAAUGGCUGCGUGCAGAUCAACUUCUUCCAGGACCACUCCAAACUCAUCCUGUGCCCUCUGAUGGCGGCCGUGACCUAUAUUGAUGAGAAACGUGAUUUCCGCACGUACCGCCUGAGCCUUCUGGAGGAGUUUGGCUGCUCCAAGGAACUGGCCAGCCGUCUGCGUUAUGCGCGCACCAUGGUGGACAAACUGCUCAGCUCACGCUCUGCCUCCAACCGCCUUAAGGCCUCCUCGUAGCGCCUGCCCCCACCGGAUUUGGCACCCCAGCUCGCUAGCCCCUCUGGUGCUGCUUUC